AUGCCUUUCGGAAACCACCACCAGAAUGCGCACAACGACCCGGCGCAGGGCAUCUUUGCAGCGGCGUCGGCGCUGGGGAGCAUAGGAGCGCCUGGAGGCAAUCUGCGAGGGGCCACGCAGGGCACCACGCGCGCCGGCACCGACGCCUUCCUGCCCCAGAGCAGCGCGAACCAGCCGGCCCAGGGCGACGCCUACCUGCCCUCGACCGCACCGCCCCAGGCCACCUCGACCUUCGACGCCCCGCGACGGCGCACCAACGAGGAGCUGCACAUAUCUGCUGGCGGCGGUCAGGUGCCCUCAUCGGCGUCGGCGCAGCCCCAGCAGCAGCACCUGUACAGCUCGCCCGACAAUUACCGCUCGGCGCCCAACAUCAACAUCGACCAUGGAACCCCUCAGAACUCGCAGUAUGGCUCCCCGGCAGUCCCCGGCGCCCUCCAGCCCGCGCAGCAGCCACAACAACCGCCGGGGCCGCAGCAGCAACAGCGACCCGCGCCUGCCAACGCCUACACGGCGCCCGUCGUGCCUACCCAGACGCAGAUAGCCAGCAACGCCCAGCAGUACACGCUGCCCACGCGCUCCAACACCAUCAGCCAGCCCCAGCAUUCCCCUCACUCGGCCCAUUCCUACUCGCGCUCGAGUCCAGCUGGCCUGGGCCCCGACCAGAAAUACGUCCCCUUCUCCAACACCCCCGACCAGAAACAGUACCAAGCCGGCACGCCCGCCCAGAAGUACUACCCCACGACUCCCUCGGGCGCCGCAUCGCAGUCGCCCCUGGGCCUCGCCGACAUCAGGCCGCGCGCAAACUCGACCAUGGACCACGAGGGCAUGGGACACGGCAACACCAUGGUCAGCGACGGCAACAAGGUGCCCUCCAACAGCAACUACCUCGCCCCGUGGAGCAUCUACGCCUACGACUGGUGCAAAUGGAACGUCCCGGGCGGCAACAGCGCCGGCAAGAUGGCCGUCGGCAGCUAUCUCGAGGACAACCACAACUUCAUCCGCAUUCUCGACACGCAAAUAGCGCCCCAAGACACCUCCGCCCCCGGCGCCACACCCUACGGCCUCGAGUACAACGCAAUCGCCGAAGCCACAUGUUCCUUCCCCGUCACGCGCAUACUGUGGGAGCCGCCGUCGUCGCAGAAGCAGUCGACCGACCUCCUCGCAACGUCUGGCGACCAUCUGCGCUUGUGGUCGCUGCCCCAGGCCUCCGGAAACAACAUGAGCAACACCAUCACGCGCUCGUCCUCCGUAAACACGCGAGAGCCCCAGCUCCCUAAGCUCACGCCGCUCGCCCUCCUCUCAAACUCCAAGACCCCUGAACACACCGCGCCGCUGACCUCCCUCGACUGGAAUACCAUGUCGCCCAAGCUCAUCAUCACCUCCAGCAUAGACACGACCUGCACCAUCUGGGACAUACCCUCGCUUACCGCCAAGACCCAAUUGAUUGCCCACGACAAGGAGGUCUUCGACGUACGCUUCUGCGCAGGAAGCGUCGAUGUUUUUGUCAGUUGUGGAGCCGACGGCAGUGUCCGCAUGUUCGAUCUCCGCAGUUUAGAGCACAGCACCAUCAUCUACGAGCCCUCAGACAAGGGCGGCGACAAAGACAAGGGCUCGCCAACAGGCCGCAUGUCGCCCACCAAAGCCCAGCAGACCAUGUCGUACGCGCCCCCGCUCCUCCGUCUCGCCGCAUCACCCCACGACUCCCACCUCCUCGCUACCUUCGCCGCCGACUCAAACCUCAUCCGCAUCCUCGACGUGCGGCAGCCAGGCCAAGCCCUACUCGAACUGCGUGGCCACUCUGCGUCCGUCAACAGCAUAGAGUGGAACCCAUCGCGGAGAGGCAUGCUCGCCUCUGGUGGAGACGACUCCCUCGUACUCAUCUGGGACCUGCUACACGCAAACAACGGCGCGACCAUCAGCGGAGAACAUGCUUCAACACAGCCUCCCGUCGUACAGCCCGCGACUACACAUCCCGCCAACGGAGCCGCGGGCGCGCAGAAUGUGCCCGUAGGCCAGAAGGGACCCUACGCCAGCUGGCGGUGCGACUACGAAGUCGGCAACAUUAGCUGGGCACCUCAGAGCGCUCUGACAGGGCAAGGCGGUGAAUGGGUCGGUGUCGCUGGUGGACGUGGUGUUUGGGGCGUCAAGUUAUGA